AUGGCGCCUAGCCUCAAGAUCGCCUCCCUCGUCGCCGCCGUCCUCCUCCUGGCAACCGCGCAAGCCCGAGGCUGGGCACCGGAGGAGGACGACCUGGUGCCGGUGCGGACGCCGGCGGAGCAGGUGGUGGUGGCGCUCCCCGGCAGCGCGGGGACGAUGGCGGGGUCGUCCCUGUGCCUGCAGUGCCGGUGCUGCUCCAAGUCGAGCCCGGGCAACUGCCAGACAACCACCUGCUCCUCCGGCUUCCAGUGCGACCCCGCCGGCAAGUGCCACCUCAUGCAGGACAAGUGCGGCUGCAACUAG